AAAGGGUUAAUAAUUUUCUUUUCUACCAGCAGGUACCACGUUUGGACAUUUGGCUUCAAAAAACAGCCAGUAUUAUUUUUUUCCGAAAUAGAAAAGAGGAACCAAGUUAAGUCAAAACAGUACUUGUCUCCGAGUCGCCGCCGGAUACUCGGCGGAUAGCCAAUACGGUCCAAUGGAUACACAACUACUUACCAUACUCAGAAACAAAUGCGGAGCACUGACGCACACCCUUCCCCUACGAGAGCAAGUGGAAUACAGAGGAUAUACACAUCAAAUGUUGCAAAAUAACCAUUGUUGUGUGAACGAUGCGCGCGAAAAUUAGAAACACGCAAGUGUGUGAUUCCAAAUGGCACAGCUAGAAAUACCCUUCUAGGGUUAAUUACUUACAUUCCUUAAAAAAUACAUGCAUAAGAAAAUAAGGAAUCUGCAAGAGGCCAGUUGACCUACACGUGGUCGUUCCUGUAAAACUAUAAACUCUAAGAUACUGAACAACUGCAAGGCAUUGUGAUUAGACAAGAACAAGCAACCCAUAUACCACCGCUUCCGGCUGGCUACUGACUGAGGGCCGCUCCAUGUAUUCUUCCUCCAAGAUAGACGAAGCCUUAAGUGGGCUUGUGAACUGCCAUGAACAGAGUGGUGGCUGGCUGUGCCCUGUGUUCGGCCUCAGGGCUGCUCUGGAUGGGACUUUUCCGCCUCUCAAAUCACCUGAUGACCCAGCUCUUCAAGGCCAAGAAGUGGAGUGUCUCGGCACACCACAUAAUGAACAUGAGUGAAGCCAUUGUUUCCAGCUUGCAGGCCGUGGCAUCCUCUGUUUGUGGAGUUGUGGUGGUGGUCUCCUGCAGGCAUGAUGUGAUGAAGGCAGUCCAUCCUCUUGCUUCCUGGUAUGCCUGGGUUGCAGGAAGCUACUUCAUUUAUGAUGCAAUAGCAAUGUAUCAGGUCCACCUGGCAAGCUUGGCAGAAGUUCCCAAGAGGUUCAUUGACCGAGUAUGCAGCUACCUGAGGCGGAGGACACUCUUAGUUCUUCACCAUGUUGUUGUGGCUUUUGUCCUUGUACCUGUGCUGGUGUACAGGAGCGGGCUGGGAGACUUCUUUGUGGGCUGCUUUUACUGUGUGGAGCUUAGUGGACCCUUCACUAACAUGAGAGUUGUGUUGAGCAGACUCGGCCUCAAGACUUCAAGGUACGGCGGCUCCCUUUCAUAACAGGGGGCUUUGUGGUGCAGUGGUUAGCACACUUGGCUCACAAUCGAAAGAGCCCGGGUUCGAUUCCCGGGCGGAGUGGAAAAAUUUGGGCUUCUUUUCCGAUACUCUGCGCCCCUGUCCACCCAGCAGUGAAUGGGUACCAGGUAUUAAUUGGGGGUUGUGUCCCAUCUCUUGGGAUCUGUUCCCUUCUCCUAUAAUUCCUUCCCCCUCCUGUCUCUCUCCGGCAUAUGACCACAGAUGUUGUGCCGACUAAACGAAACUUUCCAACUACUUUCUCUCUCAUAACAUAUUUUAUUUGUGGGAAAAUUGUUGACCUUCUCCCUGUCACACUAGUAAGGAGACUUUCAGGGGCUGCACUGGAUAUCUUAACUUGAUGGGUGGGUUAAACAAACUUCCCAUGUGAUUUUCUUAACCCCUUCCCGGCGGCAGGGCAGAUGUAUGUACUACCAAAAAAAAAAUCGUCUCUGUAUAGACGCUGUCGAUUUUCAUCCAUACAUGUAUAUAUAGAUUCCCCACAAGUGGGCAUUCCAGAUUAACGUCUAUAUAUUGACUCUGCUGCAAAACUGAACAAACAUUUGAAUCUACAUAUAGAUGUUAUUUAAGUUAGAUUGGUUAUAUGUAUAUUUAUAAAAUUAUAUGAAUGUUUAGAGUGUAAUCACUGACAGUAGAUGAAUCAGGAUCAUCAAAAUCAUUAAAAAAAUCAGCAACUAUAUCCUCAGCUACCAAAGAAGUCAUUUCUUCCAGCUUAAGAGGUAUCUUUCUCCUUGACAUGAUAGACUAUAAUAACAAAAGAAAAUAGACAAAAUGCAAAAAUUCCCAGUGUUAGCUGAUGAGCGUUGCACAUCCACCACCGACAAAGCACAAGCGGUGACUGUCCUUGAGAGGCAAUGUCAGUAAGUGUCAGGGGGUUUGAGAUGCCUAAUAACGAUUUAUUUUGUUAAUUUUGUUAGUGGUAAGGAAUCUUCUAUAUAUAGACCAUACUACAAUCUAAUGUGGGCAAAUGAGAGCAAACGUCUAUAUAUAGACGCACCGACAAAAAGUCUCAAUUUCAAAAUGUUUAUAAAUAGAUCCUCCGCCGGGAAGGGGUUAAUAAUCAUCAUCGCCUUUAUCGCUCCACUGCAGGGUAUUGGCCUCUUUCAAGUCUCUCCACUAGUUGCUGUCCUGCUCCUCUAGUUUCCAGUUCCAGUGUAAACAUUUCAUAACCUUAAUUUCCUUUCCUUGGGUCUUUUUCUCAGUUACUUCCUAGUCUGUCACUCAUUUUGUUCCUCUGUUGUCCUCCCUCCUAAAUAUGUAUCCUACCCAUUACAAUUUUUAGAAUGUGAAUUCCUUUUAAUUAUGUGAUCUAUCUCUGUCAGUUCCAUUAACCCUCAGAGGACGGGUGAUAUUCUGAAACGUCAUGAGUGUGAUGGGCUCAAUGAUGAGGUGACGUUCUGGAAUAUCCUUCGAAUUUGAUGUUGAGCUCAGUGGUACGCUCUAAUUGUUAAGAUCAAUGAUACACUAAAUAUUAGUAGAUUCCACUGUAUUUGUGGUGUCUAUAUAGGGCUGGCCUCGGCUAACAAAAUGUGGGAGAUUAACCCCUGUGGGACGGGAAGCGGCAAUUGCUGCUCUGCUUAUAUUUCACUCAUGUUAGCCAUUAUCUCAAAUUUUUUCCUCCCCAAAUAUGUCAACACUUGUCCUGAGUACUUUUAUCAUCGAGUCAAUGCAUCUGAGGCUUCCUUAGUGGGAAUGUCUGCGUUCGUCGGUCCGUGCGGCCAGUGGCUACGUCCACUCCGAUAGCUAAUUCAUCACAUACUGAUCGCUCAAUUGAGUGCUAGACCUUCCGACAGUGCAAUAGAACAUGAACUUGAUAUUUCUGUUGUAACUCUGGAAAGUGAUUCUGAGUGGAGUGACAAUGAUUCUGAGUGGCAUAGUACAAGUAGCGAUGAUGAUGGGGCAACCACCUCAGGUCCACCAGCUCUGACCACGUGCACUGCUGUGACACUUUCCACACCUGUUACUGCCCCGUCCACCAGUGGGCAGGAAAUGACAAGGCCAAAGUCUAUACAUGCCAAGUCAAGUCACUCUGCCUUCAAAAUUGCUUCUAGCACACGCAGUGGGUGGUUUGGGGUGGAACAGCGUGGUGAUGUCAUUUGAAUCCAAAUACCCGCCAGUUCACGGGUGACUAAAGCUGUGGUAGUGUGUGCACUUUGGAUGUGGUCUCUCGCCUUCUUUCACCGUGCAUUCAGGCAAGCCAUUGACGAAAAAAAUAUGCCUUUUUAUUGUGCUAUGCGUGACUAAUUCCAAUGCCUACAAAUGGCAGUGUGGGGUGUGAGGGAGGUGCAUGUUGAAGUGAUUGAUUUAAAUUAGUCAGCCUUUCCUCAUUCUCUCUAAAUCCCAGUAUCUACAUUCUCUAGUUUGGCUCCAAGCAACGUCCUCCCACAAAGCUGUGUAUGACUUAACUUGGUAUAUAUAGACUUUGGAAAAGGCAGCCUUCUGCUCCCCUUACAUCUUCGCUACGUUCUUCUCCACCUGUAUCUCCUCCAAGGUCCAGGAGGAGGAUUGAGUUUGCAUUAUCCUCUUCCUCUGCUGAAUCUUCUCCUCCCAGAAGUGAUGCAAGAGGCCAUACACAAGGAAGGGCAGGCAGAAGAGGAAUAAGAGGGAGGAGAGCAAGACAAACACGAGUUGGGAGGGGAAGGGGAGUGCGGGGUGAUAAUGUUAUCACACCUCCACAGCGUGUUAGUCUAAGCCAUAGCAAGCCAGAGUCGAGAAAGAAAACGGACACAGUGACUCGGUCACCAAAUAUCUGCAGUAAUUACUCCCAUUCAACACACUGUAUCUCAAUAACUACAGAAUAUAAACAAUUUGGGAAGAUUCCAUUUGAAAGAGAAAGAGUUAAUGAUAGUCAGAACGCAUAUUUCAUUCACCUCGUUUCUCUAGUUAAAGAGUAUUGAUAAAGUGAAUGUCGAUGAAAAUAAGAGUAAAAAUAAGAGCGUGUUUGCCUGUAUGGCGAGACAGGAAAUUACAACCCGGCCCGUCCCGUAGAGGUUAAGCUUUAUUUCUGUUCACAUUCAUAGAGUUAGUAUGCUUGCCUUUUUAUAUGAUUCUGAGUUCUAUAGCCUCACAAUCACUAUCUGUGGAAAAUGUACAGCCUACAUGAUAAGGCUCAGUUUGCUGUCAGACGCCGCUGCACAUUAAUGUGCUCAGUUUCUCGUCAGACACCACAAUACAUAACUGGUUGGACACCUUCACCAUGCUGUUAAGGGCAAAUGACAGUAUAAAGAGAGUGACAAACAGGGUGGAAAAGAAAGCAAAAUAAUAUUGAUGGCAGGAGGGAAAACAAGGGCCAGAUGAGACUGAGGGAGGAAAACAGCCCACUACUUCUGCUGUAACUUCCCAACUACAAUUAGUCAUUGCUACUUCUACUACCACUACUACUGCUACUACUACUAUUUCUACUACUGCUACUACUCCUAUUUCUACUACUGCUACUACUACAUUUGAGGCGCUUAGAAUCAUACUGUACCAAGCGCCAUAGUACCCGAAACUGGGUUAAGCAUAGUACUGUGUUCCCCAAACAUCCCUCUAUCUGGCGAACGAGUCAGAGGUACAGAAUACAUGCCGCACUAAGGUCGAAAUUCCCAUUAAGUAAACAUUACUUUAACCCCUCCAUCGUACAGCCUCUAAAUAAGCCCAGAGCUUGGAAGCAUAAGAUACCAACCUUCUUCUUAACCCUUAAAGCGCGGGCUUGUUUUGCCGCGCCUGUCCUCCCAGGCAGGCAUAUUCAGGCAAAAACAUACCUCAAUUCAACCUUUCAUACCUUCACUCCUAUUUCACUCAUAUGAUGCAAUGAAGCAUCAUUGUAAAGUACAUACCCUUACCUGUCCUUUGACGUUAAGUUGAAGACUAUGUGACCAUUGGUAGAGCAAGUACAGAAUAUUGAAUUAGGAUCACUGAAAGCCAAUGUUGGCAAAAACCAAUGUUUUUUUUUUUUUUUUUUUAACAAAAAACAUGUUUUUUUUGGUUUAAACUUUUUAUUUUGUUUAAGCCAUGUUUUUUUUGGUUUAAACCACUUUUUUUUUUUUUCAGUAUGUUUAUUCCUGCAGUUCUAUCCGUAUAUACAUAUAUGAGUUUGAAAAGGAAUUAUAGAUAUAUUUACAGAUGGAUUUAGCAAUAUAUUCAUUUAAUCUUCAUACAGUCUGUAAAAGAGGCAAAAUGCAGCUUCUCUAACAUGCUUUUUAAUUGCAAUGUUAAAGAGUAGUAAAACAUGAAAGACCUCUUCUAAUUUUCCAGUUGCAUGCUACAAAAACAGUUGUAAGAGA